AUGGAAGCUGCAGCUUCGACAAACGCUCUUGUGCCUUCGCAAGAAUUGGAAAUAGAUUCCAGCGACAUUAUCCGCUUAAUUCAGCAGUUUCUACGCGAGAAUCGUUUGUUUAAAGCCUUGCGGGCGCUGCAGGACGAGUCGCAAGUGAGUCUCAAUUGUGUAGAGUCGGUAGAAUCACUGGCUAGCGAUAUCUCGCACGGCCGUUGGGACCGUGUACUGCAACAAACAAAAUCUUUUGAGUGCAGCACCGCCACGAUGAUGGACCUGUACGAGUUGAUUUCUUUUGACAUGAUGGAGGCUCAGGAGAAUGAUGUCACUGUGCAGCUACUGCACAACACGCCAGUCAUGGCCACAAUGAAAAAAAUUCAACCGGAGCGUUUUAUGAAACUCGAAAAACUCGCGCAGUCUCCAGUCUUCGACUCCUUCGAAGCUUAUAAUGGUACUUGCAAACAGAAGCGAAGAGAUGACGUUGCGCAAGAGAUUCGCAAUGAAGUGACGACUGUGGAGCCAUCUAGACUACUUGUUCUUCUCGGGCAAGCUCUUCAGUGGCAGCAAUUGCAGGGUUUAGCAACACCUGGAGAAGACUUUGAUCUGUUUCGUGGUGGAGCAAAGAAAACGGUACUUGACCGUUCUGACAAGCUGGUAUGCAAACCAGCAGGCAAGAUAAAGUUUGGCAAGACCUCAAUGCCGCAAUGUGCACAAUUCAGUCGAAAUGGACGAAUGCUCGUGACAGGUUCAAAAGAUGGUUUUGUUGAGGUCUGGGACUUUGAAAAGUGCAAAAUGCGUAAAGAUCUCGACUACCAAGCAAAGGAUGAAUUUAUGAUGCACGAUGCCAGCGUGACAGCUGAAGCCUUUAGUCGAGAUGGAGAGUUGCUGGCAACAGGAAGUGAAGACGGUAAAGUAAAGGUGUGGAAAAUAUCCAGCGGUUUGUGUCUACGUCGUUUUGAAAGUGCUCACAGCGAAGGCAUCCAGUGUAUUACCUUCUCACGAGAUGGUACUCAGUUGCUAACAGCAUCGUGUGAUCAUCUCGCUCGUAUUCACGGCCUUAAGUCAGGCAAGACGCUGAAAGAAUUUCGUGGUCAUCAGAGUUACGUAAAUGCGGCAUUUUAUUCUUUGGACGGUAGCAAAGUAAUAUCAACAUCAAGCGAUGGAACGCUAAGGAUUUGGAAUGCCAAAACGACAGAAUGUCUGCAAACUGUGCGACUACCCAGUGACUUUUGCGCUGCAGAAGUAGAUAUCGUGAGUGCAUUAUUAUUUCCGUUUGCGUCUGGGACCGGGGAAGAAAUCAUGGUUUGCACACGCACUAGUGCUAUGCUCCGCAUGUCAAUGAAGGGAGACGUGUUGAUGACGUACAAGGGAGAUCCUUUUAAUGAAAGGAAAGUUGGCAACUUUGUUGCUUGCACGCUCUCAAUGCGUGCGAAGUGGCUGUAUGGCGUGACUGACAAAGGAUACCUUGUGAGCUUCGCCGCAGCAAGUGGACAUCUUGAGUCAUCGAUGCAAAUUUGUAACGCCGACGCUAUUGGCAUUGCUCACCAUCCGCACCGCAAUAUUAUAGCCACGUACGGCAGCGACCGAUAUGUCAGACUGUGGAAAGCUUGA